AUGCGGCCAGCUCAUAAUUUCAUCAGCCGCAAGGACGAAGCCGCCUCCGCCGCCGACACCGACGGAGGUGAGCGAAGACGAUUCUAUGGCAGCAACUUUCGAGUGCAUUUCAUUGCUGCCCUGGGCGAGUUCAUCGGCACAUUCAUGUUCCUCUUCUUCGGCUACGCAGGUCAUUUCAUGGUGGCCAGAUCGUCGACUGGGUCCGAGACCGAUACCACCAGUGGCGACAGCGCUCAGACUACCAUCUUCGUUGCCCUGGCCUAUGGGUUUUCUCUCUUGAUCACCGUGUGGACAAUGUACCGCAUCAGCGGCGGGCUUUUCAAUCCCGCUCUAAUGUGGUUUCCUGAAGGAGUCUAUUAUACGGGAGGAUCGCUAAAUCCUGUGCGGAGUUUUGGAUGUGCCGUUGCUGGUGCAGAGUUUCCUCGGUAUCAUUGGAUCUACUGGGUUGGGCCGUUCUUGGGCUCGCUGCUGGGCACUGGCUUGUACAAGAUCUUCAAGAUCUUGCACUAUGAGGAUGCCAACCCCGGACAGGAUGCCGCGCACCCAGACGAAAUCACACAGCUCGAAGAGAGCAGGGAUCUGGAGAGUGCUGUUGCCAGCCAGACCCGAUAA